AUGGAGAAGACUCGCCAUUUGAAGCGCCCAGACAACUGGGCAGAUGUUAACAAUGACAACAACAACGACAACAACGACAACGACGACGACGACGACGACAACAACUGGGUAGAUGUUGAUAACAAUGAGGGCACUGAUAAGGAUGCUGAGGACGCUGAGCAAUCACCAGAGGCUGCAUCAAGGAAGAAGAAACACAAGGAGCGCGCAGAGGCAGAGCGCCUAGGUGGCCCUGACAUCUUCAAGACUAGCAGGGCAUCAAAAACAGAGCAAAACCCUGCCAAAAUCUCGAAAACGAAUGCUCGUACGGUCAGGUUCAUAUCUGCAGAAAAUGACCCGUUGGCUGCACAAACGGAGCUGCCAUAUAGCCUACCUGGCGCGCCGCGCCGUACGCGCUCAGCUACUAGGGCAGCAGCGAACCAGACUCAUUAA